GAUAAAUGAUAAUAAUAAUAUUUUUUUUUGUAGGCGUGUACCACCUGCCAAGCAAAUUAAACUAACAACAAUUAAAAAAUUAUUAUUAAAUUAAUUUAUAAAAAAUAAAUUGUUUAGAUCUAGUUAAAUAUUUAUUAUUGCAAUAAAUUAAAUAAAUAUUAUAAGCAACAGUUGGUUGGAGUAUAUUUGUGUACAAAAAAAGUGACAACAAUUUAACAAAAAUAUAUUAUCAAUUGUUUAAUUAAAUAUUCAUUAAUUAACAUGACGGAAAAUUUUAAUUUAUUUAUAGCUUUAUUGCUGUUUAUGUGCUUUAUUCAAACAGGUUUAUCAAUAAAAUGUUACGAUUGUCGAUCAGACUGGGAUCCAAAAUGUGGUGACCCAUUUGAUAAUUCAACAGUUCCAUUUAAAGAUUGUAAUCAAGAGCCUGAUUUAGAUCAUCUGCCAAAUUUACGACCAACAAUGUGUAGAAAAAUUCGUCAAAAAGUAAAUGGAAAAUGGAGUUUUUUUCGAAGCUGUGCAUAUCUUGGUGAACCAGGUAUAAAUGGUGAUGAAAGAUUUUGUCUAAUGAGAACAGGAUCAUACAAUAUAUUCAUGGAAUAUUGUACUUGCAAUAGUAAAGAUGGAUGUAACUCUGGAAUAUUACCAACAGCAACAAAAAUAACACUAAUACUAACGGGUAUUUUAACAUUAAAUUAUUUUAAUUAAAAUAAUUAAUUAGCAAUAAUUUCAAUAUGCGACACCAGUAAAUUAAAUCAUUAAUAUUAUUUCGAUAUUGUGUGCCUUAACCGUCCAAAAUUCAAUGACAAUUUUAAGAUAUUUUUCUAUCAAUUUACUAUUUUUAAAUUAUAAAAACACAAUUUAUGUGUUGAUAGAUUUUAAAAACAAAACUUAAUAAUUAAUAUUAAAUAAAAAGAAUAAUUUUAUCGAGGCUAAUGGAAAUUGUCUAUGACAACUUGGUGAAUUUGAUCUGGACAAUUAAAAUCUGCAAUUCCAAAAGUAAGCAUUUUUUAACUUGAAUUAAGUUAAAGAUUAAACUCACUGAUAAAUCAAGUUAAAUCAUUUUUUUUAUUUACAAAAUAUUUCGUUUAAAAAUGCAAGCUUUUAAGUGAAUUUUAAUUGUCAAAAAAAUAUAAUAGACAAACAGCUUUACAUGGCUUUUAUUUCCAUGAUGAAUAACAUUCAAGUAGUACAAAAAUUUAGAGAAAAAAAAAUUUUAUUACAAUAAAUAUGACUCAAAGUCAUUUGGCAAUAUAUUGUUAUUUAUAUAAGACUGCCAACAAACCGUCCAGAAUUAAUUUUAAUUAAUCAUUAUUAAAAAGAAAAAUAAUUUUAAAAUAAAAAAAAAUAUAUACCAGUGCUUUUUUUUAUAUACAAAAAUAUAUUUAAAUAUUUACAUAAUAUAUAUUUGUUUUUUUACAUUUGUAUAUUGUCAUUUUAAUAAUUUAAAAAAAUAAAUUGACAGUUUUUUUUUUUAAUAUUAAAAUUAAUUUCCAAACAAUUUUUAAGUGCAGAUAUUAUUUUUUAUGUAAAAAUACAAUAAACAAAAUUAUUAUAAAUAAAAUAUCGUUAAUAAUUAAUUUAAAAAUUAUCAAUUUGUUAAUAACUUUAUGGCGAUGAUUCUUUUUUAUUUUAUUUUUUUUUAUGAUGAUUUUUUAUGGCACAGUGAUGCUUUUAUUUAUUUCCAUGUGGAUUUUUAUAUUUAUUUAUAAAAGACACACCCACAUCUAGUCUGAUUCAUCAUAUUAACACUCAGCUACAAUUACAAAUGAAAAAAAAAUA